UUCAAUCACCGUUAAAUACCUUUGAUUCUAUUUGUUGCUUCGUAUACAGUCUUGAUUCAUCAAGAUAACUUUUGAAUGAAUGAUCUAUUGUGAUUUCAUUGCUCGAGUAUAUUCAAGGGUUCUCAUCACACCCGAGGUGUUAAGCAACCCUUGAAAAUGUUGAGAUAGUGACAGGAGUCAUUGAACGCGAUCCACUCCCACACACAUCCCACAAUUCCCUCCAUGGUGCCACCCGAGUCCCGAGCAGACAACAACGGGGAUAUCGCCCGGAGAGAUGCUCAAAACACUUCAUAAACUGCGGAGGGCAACUGAAGAUCUCUCGUAAUAGUUUUGCGAAGGUCCGUCGUGCUUUCCUCAUCCACGCAUUUCUCAAUUCUGCUGUAUAAAAAGCAAAUGUAAUUCUUUUCUCCCGUAUCUUUCUCGGGCAUACUGGGUUAGUGACCAUGCACUCCUCCCAUACCUGUUUAUAAUUCUGCAUUACCCCCUCCCUCGACUCGACAUAUUUUCACUUUUUUUUCUGGCCCACUUCUUGUACAUACAAUACUCUAUAAUUCAUCCUUACCGUGCUUUCUUUCGCCCAGCACCAAAGGGACCCUUCACCUCCCAUACUCAAUCCCCAUCUCUCAUAAAAAUCGAAAACCAUGAGUACAAUCCAAGAUGAGCAAAACAAGAUCGAAUCAGGUGAUGCGAGCAAACAGUACACGCCGGACUCAGGUUCGCACCACACGCAAGACAAAGAAGGAAUCAUGGGAGAGACUGCCGCGCUAGAGGCGCACGGGCGCGCGAAUUUCAGUCGACUCGGCUGGAAGCGGCUUACUGUUAUUCUACUUGUGGAAGCUAUUGCGCUCGGUGCUCUAUCUAUUCCUGGAGCCUUUGCUACGCUGGGUAUGGUAGCUGGGGUGAUUCUCACCGUCGGGAUUGGAUUGAUUGCGAUCUACACCAGUCAUAUCAUAGGGCAGGUCAAACUGGCAUUUCCACAUGUGGCGCAUUAUGCGGAUGCGGGGAGGUUGCUGAUGGGACGGUUUGGGUACGAGCUGGUCGGGGCGAUGUUUGCGUUGGAGCUGACGUUUUUGGUGGGAUCGCAUUGUCUGACGGGAACAAUUGCGUUUCUCAACUUGUCGAACAAUGGCGCGUGUUCAGUGGUGUUUGGGAUUGUGUCGGCUAUGAUCUUGUUGGUGUUGGCAAUUCCCCCUUCGUUUGCAGACGUAGCCAUUCUGGGUUAUAUCGAUUUCGUGUCAAUUAUGCUCGCGAUCGGCAUUACUAUUGUGUCUACCGCUGUAGUAUCUGGUUCCUCGGCCGGGGGAUUGACGCAAGUGGAUUGGUCUGCGUGGCCUAAGGAGGAUCUCUCUUUCUCGGAUGCGUUUAUCGCCAUCACCAACAUUGUCUUCGCAUAUUCAUUUGCCGUGUGUCAAUUUUCCUUCAUGGACGAGAUGCACACACCACGCGAUUACAUCAAAUCGAUCUGGGCGCUCGGCUUAAUCGAAAUCGUCAUCUACACACUCACAGGAGCAUUGAUCUAUGCCUUUGUUGGGCAGGAUGUACAAUCCCCUGCACUUCUCUCAGCCGGCAAUCUCAUGGCCAAAGUAGCAUUCGGCGUCGCACUGCCCGUCAUUUUUAUCUCGGGCUCUAUCAACGGCACUGUGGUCGCGCGCUACAUUCACGGACGCGUAUACAAGGACUCGGUGGUACGCUUCAUCAACACGAAGAAAGGCUGGCUGACAUGGUUGGGGCUAAUAAGCUUCCUCACGAUUAUUGCAUGGGUCAUUGCUGAAGCGAUUCCCUUCUUCUCGGAUCUGCUGUCCAUUAUGUCGGCGCUGUUUGUCUCUGGAUUCACGUUCUACUUCCCGGCUAUGAUGUGGUUUAUGUUGAUUAAGAAAGGAAAGUGGUAUGCGCGCGAAAACUUGUUCCUGAGUGUGGUGAAUGGGGCAGUAUUCGUCAUUGGCAUUGUGGUUUUAGUUGGUGGGACGUAUGCAGCAGUGGAAGACAUCAAAACCCAAUACGCCGAAGGAACAGUCCGAGGAGCGUUUACAUGCGCACCAAUAUCGUAGGGGUUGAAGUAGGGUUGAACAAGUUUUCCUCAAACAAUAUGGGAUGGAAAUGCAUCCAUGUCUCUCUUCUCUCCUGAGAUGAAUAAAGAAUUAUAAGGAUAGAAAUAACACGACCUUAAUGAAAUUAAUGAAGAUUCACGUCAAAUUCCUCAGUUCUGUGAGCUUCAACGUAUUGUGCAUUGUAUCUUUCGAACCCUGAGAGAGAUUCUUCUACCACUGUCAGUGCGACUUUGUUUCGGCAUUUGUGGAGCAAAAUGCUCGGUGGGUGAGAUGUUGGUGUUGGGUGACAAUAUUGAGAUUAAGAAUUGGAUCGGUAGAUGAAUAAAUGGUUCGUUGAAUGUUGAGGAGGCUGAAUCGUACUAGGCUGUGUAACGAGUAUAGGCGGAGCGGACAAUGGCCCUGACGAGUAAUCCACAGAUGAUACGUUGGCGGAGCGGAUAUUUGAGAAAUUUAAACGAAUUAUUGGUGGAGCGGGCGGAGCCUCUAACAUGUAAUUCACGGAAUGGACCAUUUACAAAGAUUCGACGGUUGAGACAACUUUUGCGCAGCGUGAAGAAUCUCUACAGAUUACUUUCUAUCGGGAUAUCGAUCAUGUGAUCAAAGAGGGCAUUGUAUUAGCUAAUGUAAGAGUUCUGGCCCCUGCUCAACGCA